AUGUUUAUUAAAUAUCUUUCAAAAGAUUUAUUAGUACUAAAUAUUCGUAUUACUCAAGCGUUAAAUGAAGUAGAAAUAUUGACUAAUGCAAUAUUAAAUGAAAUGCUAAAAGAGUUAAGGAAAUAUAUUAGUUGUAUAUACGAUCUGUGUAAUGGUAUUGCCGAUUUAGACUUGAUAUUUUCAUUCGCCCAGUAUAGUAUGCGUUCAGGAUCAACUAAACCUAAAUUUGGGCAAUAUAUGGACAUCAAAAGUUCUAGACAUCCAAUAUUAGAUAUUAUUAAUUCAGUUGUACCAGUUGAUAACGAUAUUUUUGCUUCAACUGAUAAAAAUUUAAAUAUCAUCACUGGACCUAAUAUGGGAGGAAAAAGUAUUUAUAUACGCCAAGUAGCAUUAUUACAAAUUAUUGCUCAGAUCGGAUGUUUUGUACCUGCAACAUUUGCUCAGUUUCGUAUUUGUGAUCGAUUGUUUACGAGAAUUGGUUUUGGAGACUGCAUAGAAUCAAAUGCGUCUACUUGGGUUUUAGAGAUAAAAGAAUUAAAUGGUAUACUUCCUUCGCUUACGAAACACAGUUUAGUAAUUAUAGAUGAAUUAUGUCGAGCUACUUCUUGUGAAGAAGGGUCAAGUUUAGCAUGGGCAAUUUGUGAACAUAUAAUGCAAUCUUGUGCUUUUAUAUUUUUUGCUACGCACAGUAUUUUGAUAACAAAACUUCAAGAUUUAUACUGCAAUGUAUUAAAGUAA